CGUACAAGAAACACCACUGCGGUGUCGAAUCGGUGUGAACCUCCCGAGAAUGCAGCAGGCCAGUGUAGGUGGCUGCAACGAGGACUCCGACACAACGAGUCCCCUGGCGAGAUCGCCGAUUGGUUUUGCCAUCAAGAGCGAGCCCGGCAUAGACAGGAACAACGGUGUAAGGGUUAAAGUCGAGAUGCCCGAGCCCACGGAGGCCGGCGUCGAGAUCAAAGGUGAGCCCCGGGAGGAUUAUCAGCAGCAGCAGCUGAGCAACGACGGUUAUCACUACGGCGACAAGAAGCCGGGAUACAUUCUAGACGUCCACGGACAACCGCCACCGCCACCGCUGCAUCAUCAGGGAUACCGUCCCGUCGGGCUGCCUAACUCUUUCGGCUUCCCUCCUUUUUACGGGCACCAUCAUCCGGCGAUGAUGCCGCCGUUUCCAACCGGACGCCCGUCGUCGGACGGCCCGAUCGGCAAAAUCGGCGACGUCCACGAACAGACGACGUCGUCGCACGUUGAUCGACAUGCGGUUGCCGCCGCUUACGGUAGAUUGCCACCGAUUCCCAACGACGGCUUCCUGCACGAACCCCAUCAUCACCGCUUCGACGCUGCCGACUUCCAGCACGGUGUACCGUAUCCGGGCUUCCGGCCCGCCAUACGUUCUUAUGGCAAUCAUCAACAGAACAACAGCGCCUACAGCAGAAGCAAUCACUAUCACCAGGCUAGACAGCGCAAAUGGAGCAGCUCCGCAUUUCGUCUUCAUCCACCGAUGCCCUGGCCUACGUGGUUUUUCCGCCCAGAUCUUCCACUUGGCACGCCGCUACCGACGAGUCACGUUCCAAAUUCGAGUAACGUUCCUACUUCGUCGCCUCUGCCAUCUCGGACGCAUCUGGACGUUCCGAAAGGACCGGAGCCUCCUUCCAACAGCAACAAAGUCCAUGGACAGACGCCAACGAUAUGCACAUCCAUCCGCUGCACGGUGAAUGGCUGCUCUUGCGAAUCUUUCACACCCGGGAAACGUCAUCUGCGCUACUGCGAGAACUGUCAUCAUGGAUGGGUGCCUCACGGUAAGUCCAAGCGUAUUUUUAAAUAAUCGCAAUAUCGAAACUCACACGUUUCGAGCGCACUUGUGAAAAAAAAAUAAAGAGGGAAUAAAAGUGAUGAAAAAAAAAAAGAGAGAACGAUGGCGGGAAGAUUUUCCCGGGGAUAUAUUCCGGCGCUUGGUGUCGCGUGCGCGCGGUUAAACGCAAAUUUUCCAACUGUCAGCAUACUUCAUCCGACGGGCCCUCAGGGACGAAAUUCAAUUUUCCAACGAUGACCGCCGCCCAACCCUCGUUGGGCAUCGCGGCCGCGCGCCAUCCCUUUGCACAAUAGAAAGAAACGCGCGCGCGCACGCCCACGUAUCUUCGAACACGCGUGUAUUCGACGAUAUAAGAUAAUAUCGGGAUAUUUUAUGCCCUCAUAAGUUUCUGAAUGCGAGGAGGUGAUCCGAGGGCCGGUCGGCUACUGUUUGUUUCGCACAGUUUCAUCGUCUGAGGCUAUUUCGACACUCAGUAGCCGCGCACGCGUUACGCACGUACACGCGCAUACGUCAAAUCGCGCUUAAAAUUCCGCCUGCUUGACCCACGAUAGAUUGGACGCGGCACGGUAUGGAAUACAUAUCAAUUUCGGGCUUCUCCUUCUCCACCCUAU